UGUCAAGAAAACAGAUAGAAAUAAGGAAACAGCGGGUGACAAUAUGGUUUGUGGAGCGAAAUGGCUGUCAGUCUCUCCAUCUAUCCGCAUCCGCAGAGACCCAAAUGCUUAAGCAACCCGUCACUACCACUUGCUUCUUCCUCCACCUAUCGCCCCGCCGUUAUUCUCCCGGGCUUAGGGAACAAUUCAGGUGACUACCAGAAGUUGGAGCAAACGUUGAACGAUAAGUACGGAGUGCCCACCGUGGUGGCUAAGGUUUCAAGGCUUGAUUGGUUCCGGAAUGCCGCUGGUUUGAUCGACCCCACUUACUGGCGUGGCACUCUUCAACCCAGGCCUGUCCUCGAUUGGUAUUUCCAGAGGGUUCAUGAUGCUGUUCAAGAGGCUAAGGACCUGGCUCAAGGUGAAAAUUUAUCAUUGAUUGGGCACUCGGCAGGAGGGUGGCUUGCACGUGUAUAUAUGGAAGAAUUUGGGCUGUCCCAUAUAUCCUUGUUAUUGACUCUUGGAACCCCUCACCUCCCACCACCAAAAGGUGUGCCAGGUGUUAUUGAUCAAACACGGGGUCUCCUUGAUUAUGUUGAACAAAAUUGCUCUAAAGCUGUUUAUACCCCGCAACUGAAGUACGUGUGUAUAGCAGGAAGGUAUAUUGAAGGGGCUCGGAUUUUUGGCAAGUCAAAUCCAAAUGUUGAGGCUGCAGUUCCUACUACUAGUUCUCAGCUAGGUUCUGAGGCUGCUAUCAUGAGCACUGAGACUACUCCUCCACCUGACACAACAUUACGUGCUCGCUUUGUUGGGCAAGGAUACAAGCAGGUAUGUGGGCAAGCAGAUGUAUGGGGCGAUGGUGUUGUGCCCGAAGUGUCAGCUUACCUUGAUGGCGCACUUAACAUUUGCUUGGAUGGAGUUUAUCACUCACCAGUGGGUUCAGAUGAUGCAAUGAGACCAUGGUAUGGUUCCCCUGACGUGUUGGAGCACUGGAUAGAACACCUCCUCAAAUGACUUGAAGAUUUUAGAGCACUUCAUCCAAGUCAUGUCAUUUUAUUAGUACGACCUUAUGGGCAAUAAUAUCCCAUAAAAUUGGUUUUGGAUCGAGUGCAAUGCAUCGGGUGACCUGUAUAGUUUUGUGAGAUAAGAUUUUUGCUGUUUGCUAUGCCACUAUACAAAAUGAUUUUCAUUUUUUUUUCUUUCUUCUUGCAUUCGUGGCACUGGAUUUGGUUGUUGUUUAAUUUGUUAAAAGUCAAUACUAUAUAAUAUCCCCGGCCUUUCUUGUA